AUGGAACGAUGGGGUCUCCUGCUUUUCUUGUUUAUGAUUUAUAAGGUUAUGGUCUGUCGCUCGCCCAUUCGUUUCACAUCAAAUGAAAAAGACGCAAUGGCGGUCGCCGUGGUAUUCUGGGACAUUGCUGGCUAUUAUUUUCUGCAAAAGAAAGGGACAAGAAGUCUAUUUGUGGAGGCGGGCGGUUCUGUUAACGGAUGUUUCUGGAAACGAAAACGAAAAUCGAGGUUCGCUAAGAAAUGGUCUGGUGCUCGCGCUGCUCUGUUUAUCUUCGUUGAAAUGGGUUGCAACAGUGAUGCACAGAUCAUUUUGCUAGAAACUCCAAGUUGGCCAGGAUAA